GUGCGCAUUGGUAUUGAGGCCUAAAAACUGGUCGUUAAAGCUUGCUGUACAAAUCUGAUUUAGCGAGUAUUUUCCUUGAUUAAGCUUUGGGGUGUAAACAUAUUACUUUCUAUUCCACGUGAAGUGUUAAAAAAAAGUGAAAACAAGUUUACAUCAAACAAAAUUCAGUUUGUGUUCUACAGAUUUUUCUUCAUCUAUACGGGUAACGAUACACACUUGGACAUGUACAUUUAUCGCCUGAGCUUUUGAUUGUUGUCGGUUGUCGCGUGUCUUCAAUUUUCCGUUCCUAGAUGGCAACAUCCCUCAAGGUCCUUCCUAUGGUAUUUACAUUUCGCAGUUGUACUGCCCCUGGAUUUUGUUCACGGCAUUGUGUCUUCGCUUGUUAAUUACGUCAUAACUCUUUCUCUGUUCCUGUGUACAUUGAUUUUUGGGACGUCAUACGACCAACUUUCCCAGUUGUAAUCUACAUACAUAGAAAAAUGCCAUAUUCACGACGUAUGUGUAACAAAUAUACUACAAUUUGACUACGCCAUGUUUGAAGAUGUUCAAAGGGCAAAUACAAGAGCAAAGAACAGUAAAUUUUAUUUAAAGAAUAAAUUUAUAUAAGGUGCGUAUGAAAUGCUAUCAGGCAUGUGACUGUAUCCACGAGAACAUCAAUUUAAUAAAUAUGAUAUCAUAUUGACUCGGAACUGUAUGUUGGGAACAUGUUUGCGAAUCUAAAAUUUUGGCAAUGCACGUAUGUUUAUGUGUCCGAAAACAAAGAGUAAUAUUAUUUGUCAAACAGCGAACUUACUACUGAGCGGUGACUUUGUUCAGCAGGAUGGCUGCCAGCACCAACGUGUUUACCGACCAGGAGACCAAUAACUGGUUCAAGGCAUGCUUAGCACUCAAUAUAACUAAGGAAGGACUAGCUAACUUUCUGGAUAUAGAAUUACAGAAGUUUCACACAACAGUUGGCAGAUGUUGUGGCAACUGCUCCAUUGAAAAACUCAUACUAUGUCAAACGCGCCCAUUUUGUAACACAAGCAAACGCUUCCACGCUUCACAGAAACCACAACAAUGCUCAUUAUGUGAUCAAGUAAAACAGAACAUUACAAUUCAUCACAGAUACAGUAAGCCGUCCUGGCGGAACACUCAUGCGGAAAAGUGGGCUAGCGACCAUUGGGAAAUAGGAAAAUGCUUUCUCCCUCCAAACGGAUAUGGUAGUGUCCACACGGUCAAGGAAUCAGACUUUAACGGCGUGAUAAGCAUAAUGUUGAACUGCACACAUUUUCAGAACUGUCUCUCUUCCUCAUGUUUAUCACCUCCACCGCCUGAUAAGCAAUGUCCACUAGAAAUGGUCCGUCAGAUAGGCCGAGAUGUACGUCACACAUCCGACUGCAAGGUUACAGAUUCUGAUCUGCAGGGAUAUUUCCAGAAAUUGGCUACGCUACUGGCUGAUCCAAAGUUCUUACAACAUGACCACUCAGCCAUCAUAGCGCACAAGAGACUUAUUGAUUUGCAGAAUGAUCGAAUGUCCCUCAAAGAACUGGGUGAGUUGUUAAAAGAGGUCUACCAAACACUUGAUCGUGCGAAAGAGGCAGGUGAACGUGUUUCUAAGGAGGCAGAAAUAAACCUAUUAGAAGCUCUGCAGACAUUAGAAUUCUCUACACUGGCUGGGAAGCGACGACUUGAAAGCCAGACACAGCUUGGAGAACACCGAAUCGAAAUCAAAACACUUGCUUUGCAAAAACACAUUGAAACAAAGAAACAAGAUGCGGUACACUGCCUUGAAAGCAAGAUUAAAGAUGGAACACAACGAAUCGAACGCCAUGUGCGUGACGGGUUAAUGCGCUUUCAACAGGCAGAGACCAAAACAGCAUCUAAAGACUAUGAACGAGGCCUAGCAGAUCUUCGCCAACGUUUGAUGAAACAUUACGUUGAUACGACUUGCAAUGUCCCUCUUUCAACAUUCGAUCAAAGUCUUGAUAAGCGAAUAACAGACAUAUACGAAACGCCAAAUAUACACCGAAUCAUAAUAGAAAAAGAUGGGAAGCGCUUGAAAAAAGAAGAACACGUACUGACCUACAAAGACAUACUUUACACUAACGAUAAAUCAAAUAAACGCAUAUACAUACAGGGAGAACCAGGUAGAGGGAAAUCUACAUUUGCAGUUAAGUUAGUUCAUGAUUGGUGCAACGACUAUCAGCCUUCAUCCGCAGCUCCAAUAGAAAAAUCAGCUUUCGGUGAUGGGCUAACCCUUCAGAAAUUCAAGUUGUUAUUUUUCAUCUCGUUGCGAGAUUCGAGGGGCCAGACUGAUGUUACGCAGAUGAUAAAGAAGCAGCUAAUUGAUAAAAUGUUUUCAGAAGACGAACGCGCUGACGUAUACAAAUUGUUCGUGAAAAUAAUGAAAACUGAAAUUUGCCUCGUAGUACGAGAAGGCCUUGAUGAAUGGACGCCUCCUGAUGGUAGUAACGUAGCAGAACCUUCCAUGGCUGGUUUUCAGAAGGACACUUGCACAAUACUUACAACAUCACGCCCAUGGAAACUGGCUGAUGAACGUAUCAAGAACUCGCAAAUCGACAGUCUAUUAGAGAUCGAGGGGAUUACCUGUCCAUAUGCAUUUAGUAAAAAUAUACUUCGCUGUUUAAUUUGCGAAACAACAAAACUAAACACAGCCGUGAAUGAAUUUCAGCUGUUCGUUCAAGAUCGAAAACUCGAAUCGUUAUCAUCUUCACCAAUGUUGUACGCGCUGGUCAUAUGUACAUGGGUAGAUAAGAUUGGGGUGGAGGAAUAUUUAAAAGGAUCGUCAUUGUGUGCACUUUACACAACUUUGCUGGAAUGUCUUUGUAAAAAGGCUAACAUUGCAAUUGGUUAUUUUAACGAUUCCAAUGCACCACCGGUGCAGUGUUUUUAUAGCACGAGCUAUAUACAGCCAAACAUUGAACACUUAGAUAGGCUCGCUUAUGCAGCUUUCAAAUUGCUGUUCUCUUUUGAAAGAGAAUCAUCUAUUGUUUUCAAUGACAAAAUAUUGUCAAACUAUUUUUCUCAUGAAGCGUUUUCAGAUAGUAAGUUGUUUUCACUCAAAGCAGGAAUAUUAACAAACAGGAAAGAUAAAAGUCGGACAGGAUGCUCGAACUCGUUCGUACACAUAACUUUACAGGAAUUCCUUGCAGCAUACCAUAUCGCCUGCAACCCAAACGUCGUUGAUGAGAUUUCCACAUUUCUUUCACUCAACAAAGAGUCGUAUCUGGAAAUUUCACAAGUUCUCAUAUUUCUGUGUGGCAUGAACAUUUCCGUUGCGAAUAAACUAUCGGCUUUGAUGUAUAAAUGUGACAUGGAUUAUUUUGAGGUGGAUGGUCAGAGUGAUUUUUUUCAAACAACCAUUGAGUCUGGAAUCAGAGAGGCAGUUGCCAACAAGCAGGAUGGCAUUUGCCUGAAACUCGAUUACUGUUGCAUAGAAAUACGAAAAAUAACUGAUAAAAACACGAGGGAUUUACAGCUGGUGUACUCUACAAUCACGUCCAAUGUCGAGAGAUUGAGUGUAGUGUCCUCUUCUGUCUUCAGCAUUCCAAAUGAUAUACCUGCACGUAAUAAGCUAAAAUCUUCUGUUGAGGUAAACCUGUCAGCAUGCCAUAAGUUGACAUCGUUGGAAUUAGUGGGGAAAGACAUAUGGCUUGGAGAUACGGCCAGUUCGACCAAAGCGAAACAUCCGGUCUUGAUUGUUCUAAACAGAGCAGACGAAGUCCAGUGUGCAGAUCCUCGCCCAGUACUGCCCUCACUAAAACGCAUUGAUUUACAUGAUGUCACAUGUUCCUCUACCUGGCUACAUAGUCUGUUCAGCACUCUGCUGACAUGCGAUCAUAAGGUGGUGUGUGAGCUGGAAGACUGUUACAUAAACUCGUGUGCUGAGAGCGUCUCAUCCAAAAUACAGACGGGUAAACACAAAAUGCACAUUAGUAUGUAUGACAGUCCAGGUCUAAGGGAGGCUCUCCGUGGUCUGAAUAUUAUGAGUUUGACUCUGAGUGGUGCGAAGGGACGAUUAGAGGUAAAGUGUGUAGAGUCGUUUAAGCAGUUACUAUCCUCGCUCAAACAGCUUGACUCGCUUAGUAUUUAUUUAUAUGAAAGUCCCGGUCUAUGGGAUGCUGUCAGCUGUCUGAAUAUUAAGAGUCUGACUCUGCGUGGUUUUAAUGGACGAUUAAAUGUAAAGUGUGUAGAGUCUUUUAAGCAGUCACUAUCCUCGUUCAAACAGCUGGACUUGCUUAGUAUUAACGUGUAUGACAUUUCCGAAAAAUGGAAAUAUCGUACUCUGAGUGAAACGCUUAGUAUUGAUAUGAGUAACAGCCCCCGUCUGUGGAAUGCUCUCGAUGGUCUGAAUAUAAAGAGUUUGAUAAUGAAUGGUUGGAAUGGACAAUUAGAUGUAACGUUUCUGGAGUCGUUUAAGCAGACACUAUCCUCGUUAAAACAUCUGGAAACGAUAAAUAUUGAUAUGAAUGCCAGCCCCGGUCUUUUGGAGGCUGUGAAGGGUCUGAAUAUUAAGAGUUUGAAUCUGACUGGUUGUAAUAAACUAUUAGAUGUAAAGUUUGUAGAGUCGUUUAAGCAGACACUAUCCUCGCUCAAACUUAUGGACUCGCUAAGAAUUGAUAUGUAUGCCAGCCCCGUUCUUUUGGAGGCUCUAAAUGGUCUAAAUAUUAAGAGUCUUACUCUGCGUUUUUGGAACUACAACAUUUUGAAAGUGAUUCAUGUUCAGUCUGUGUCGCAUACAACGUCAUCGCUAAAACAGCUCGAAACGCUUACAAUAUGCGUACGUAACUAUAUCGAAAUACAGCUACCACAAUCAUUGAAGUAUGUGAAUAUCUACUGUUGCGCAUUGUAUCCAUCCGAUUUACGCAAACUUGUGGAAACACUGUCCGCAUGUGCUCAGAAAAUUGAGGGAAAGCUAGAAUUCGGAUGUUCUACAUAUAACCGUGGAUUUUUUUGUACACGAAUCCCAGUGGAGGAAUACAUGGCCAUCCGUCAGGAACUGGAGGCGUUGAAGAAUGUUUCAGUGAAACGAUUCCAAAUAUUUGAGCGGAUAAGACCCAACAUGCAGACUGGUAGUGCAGUUUCUUCCUGGUCUGUUAGUGGUAUUUGUGAUGCCGACGACGAUCAUGGGGAUUUUGGAAACGUUCACGAGGAUACAUACAGACAAUUCAUUGAGCCUCAUAUACUUAUCAUCCAUCGCAUUUCAAUGCGAUUUGUGAUAAGUCCGGCUUCGAUCUCAAAAAUCCGUGAAUACGACUGUAUGACAAGAUUAUGAUAUAACACAUAUCAUAAUGUUUGUAAUGAACACAUGUUGUAAUUAAAAAUAUUUUAUCUCACUUGGAUAUCAUAAUAAGAUUGUUGCGGUUAUUUCUGUCAAACAUUCAAGAAAGAACUGAUGUUCUUCUAUACGAAGUGUAUUAGUAAAUUACACACGGUAGUUAUGCCAUAGCAGAAUAGCAUCGAAAUCUAUUAUUGUAAUUCUAGCGACAACAAAACCUUUUUUCUUAAGGGUUGUAUUUUCUCGAGAUUUUUAUUUCAAUAAACUGACAAUACCCGAGUAUUCUAGUAUAUACCCUCAAUAAAAUGUAUAUGUUGUGUAGAGAUACAGAGCACGCUUUUGCCCUCAAAUGUCCCGGUUUAGAUUUCUGGGCGCUAGCUAUGUUUGUAUCAAAGCUUUUUGUUUGCUAAAAUUCUAAAUACCCUCACGCUUUUAUCGCCAGCUUUAAAAGCGUGGGGAUAUUGUGGUUGUCUCCGCCGUUGUCUAUCCGUCCUGGUCUCUAUAUCCUACACUAUUAGCAAUAUAACCUUAAAACUUACACACAUGGUAGCUAUAAGCAUAUGUGCGACGGCGCACUAUUGGAAUUUUGAGCUGACCCCUGGGUCAAAAGUUAUGGGUAAAUGGGUAAAAUUUUAUGGGAAAAAAAAUCUCUGAAUUUAACUAACAACAUGCGACGAACAUGCUACUUACUUUUGACCCAGGGGUCAGAUCAAAAUUCCAUAAAGUGCACCGUCGCACAUAUGCUCAUAGCUACCAUGUGUGUAAGUUUCAAGGUUCUAAACUUCUAGCGCUAAUAGUGAAGGAGGAGAAAGUGGCCGAUUGGGGUUGGGGUGGAGCCGGGUCAGAGAUUUUCACUCAUUUCUUUAUGCUAUUUUACAUUGACUUCUUCAUUUCUACACCAAUUAACUUCAAAUUGAUCUGAACAUCUCUUAUGACAAUACGGUCAAUCUCAUAUAUGCCUGGCUCCAUUACCAACCAUGGGGCGCACCGCCCAAUAGACCAGGCCCACCCUAAAUUUUGUUUUAACAUAACUUCUUCAUUUAUUCACCAAUUGACUUCAAAUUAAUACUGAAGAUCUCUUAUGACAACACGGUCUAUCUCGACCAUCCAUGUCCAUAUUACCCAGCCCAGGGCCCCACCCGAAUAGGCCACACCCACCCAAAAUGCCUUUUUACUAUAACUUCUUCAUUUCUACACCGAUUCACUUCUUAUUGAUACUGAACUUCUCUUAUGGCAAUAUGGUCAAUCUCAAAUAUGCAUGGCCCCAUUAUCUACCCUGGGGCGCCUCGCCCACAUAGACCACGCCCACCCACAAUUUUGUUUUUACAUAACUUCUUCAUUUAUUCAACAAUUGACUUCAAAUUAAUACUGAAAAUCUCUUAGACAACACGGUCUAUCUCGACCAUCCAUGCCCACAUACUCCACCCAGGAGCCCCACCAACACAGGCUUUGCCCCUCCUAAAAUGCCUUUUACUAUAACAUCUAAGCGGCUUGGGGAUACGCGACGGCGUCUGCCGCACCAUUUCUAGUUUAAAACUGUUGUCUAGUGUUUAGUAUAUUUAUGUCAAAAGAGUUCUCUUAAACUAAAUGUUAAAUAUUAUUAAAUAAAACAUUGAAUUAAA